UUGAACGCGUGCUGUGGUGUGGCGGUGCCAAAAAUUGCGCAUGUGUCGUCGUUAAGAAUCUUAAUAUCGAACUGCGCAAUCAUGGAUAUCGAUUCUCUGUUCAAAGCGCCUAAACUGCCACUUACCAGCAAUAAACGCAAACUGCCACUGGGCAACCCAACCCCAGAAAUUCUGAAACGACUGAGGACCGAGGCACUGCCAUCCGAUUCGGCGCAAAACACAACGAAAAAUGGUAGUUCGGGCGGAGGCGCAACGCGAGCUGUGACGGUUGAGGACGUCGAGGAUGACGAAGGGGAUGAUCGGUCCUUCGCUCCUGGAGGCGAUGCAGAUUACUUUGUAGAGGAGGAUGAAGACGGUCGAUUCUUUGGUGGCGGCUUGACCGACGAACAGAAGCAGAUUCUUAACAUUUUCGAUACGGCUGGGGAAGAGACUGCAAAGGAUGGUGCCGAGUUAGAUCUCCCAGGAAUACGGCGUCUACUGCUUCAAUUCGACCGAGCGGCAAAAAAGAAUCAAGACCAAAGGUCCAAAUAUCCGGACGAUCCAACGAAGUUCAUUGAUUCGGAAGCCGACCUUGAUGCUGCUAUUAGAUCUCUGUUUGCUCUCGCCGAAGUGUCGCUGAUAUCAUACCCAGAGCUGGUCAGCAGCGGUGGGCUUUCUAAACUCAUUGACCUUCUCAGCCACGAAAAUCUCGACAUUGUCUUGGAAGUUAUAGCGCUACUUUAUGAGUUCACGGAUGAAGACGUGGGCGAAGAGGGGCUCGAGGAGGAAGAAGAAGCGAAUAGGAAGAGUGAAUCAUUAAAGCUACUUACUGACACGUUGCUCGAGCAUUCCACGAUGGAACUUUUAGUCGACAACCUAACCCGCAUGAAUGAAGAAGAGGACUUGGAUCGGCAGGGAAUCUAUGACACCUUGGGCAUCUUUGACCACAUCAUCGACUUCAAUUCUGAGCUCGCCGAUGUUUUCACCGCAAAAGCUCCCAUUCUGAAAUGGUUACUGGACCGGAUACAGUCCAAGAAGCACGAUGAAAAUCGAAGUUAUUCUUCUGAGCUCUUGGCUAUUCUUUUGCAGAGCAGCAAAGAAAACAGAUCACGACUGGAUAGGUUGGGCGGUGUUGACAUUUUACUCCAGGUUUUGUCCCAAUUCCGAAAGCGAGAUCCCAUCGAUUCAGAUGAGAUCGAAUUCAUGGAAAAUGUCUUCGACGCCCUUUGUUCUGCUCUUUCUGAGCCAGGGAUUAAGAAAGCAUUUUUGGAUGGUGAAGGAGUGGAGCUUAUGGUCAUCAUGAUGAGAGAAAAGAAACUUUCAAGGUCCCGGUCGAUGAAGGUCCUGGAUUUUGCUAUGUCAGGUCCAGCGGGCUCUACGAAUUGUGAGCGGUUCGUAGAAGUCCUUGGCCUAAAAUCACUUUUCCCUGCUUUCAUGCAAAAAGGAAAUAGUAAAGCGAAGUCGGGCAUGACUCCCACAUCCGAGGAUACCUCCCACGCCCUCGGCAUCUUGUCAAGUCUCUUCUCCAAUCUUGUCUCUGAUUCCCCACCUCGAAUUCGUCUUCUCAGCAAAUUUGUCGAAAACGAUUACGAAAAAGUUGAUCGGCUACUCGAACUGAGAGAAUUUCAUGCCACGAGACUCGCCGCCACCGACGCUGAAAUCGAAUCGGAGAAAGGGGCAUUUAUCGCAGAAGGACAGACAGAUAUGGCCGGGAAUGAGGAUUUAUGGUAUUUGCGACGGUUGGAUGGUGGCUUGUUCACUCUUCAAACAGUGGAUUACAUCCUAGGCUGGAUAUGCAUGGAGGAUGAUGGGAUUCGUUCUCAUGCAGGAGCUAUGCUUGAACGAAAGAACCAGUCUAUCAAUGGUAUCGUUGAUACACUGAAGGCUUACUACAGUAAUAUCGACGCUUCGACCGAGGAAGUGAAAGACCAUGAUAGCCCUCCGCUAAGAGAGAUUCUGCAGGGCCUGAUUGAAUUCUUGGAUAGUUGUUGACAUUAACAUUAAUCAUCAUAAUUUCAGAACUUGUCGUGAAGGACUACUCUCCAUGCAUGCCUAGGAUGCAAAUGUAAUUAAAAUCGCACUACAACCGUACAUACGAUUAGGUACUUGAUUAAGCAAUGUCAGCGGAAAACAAUCGUUUACAUG